AUGGUGUACACCAUAGUCAGCAUUAUCACUAUUCGGUACGGACUUGGGCUACACCUAUGGGAUAUUCCAUUUCAGGUUUUCAGUCCGAAUUUCAUGAAGAUGGCAGUUGUUUCCGGAACAAGCGUCGGCAUGUCCAUCAUGCUGACCAAGCUCUCCAUCCUAACCCUCUUCCUCCGCUUCAUAACCGACCAGCGCUUCCGCAUUGCCGUCUACACCGUCAUGGUAUUCAUAGUUACAUACAGCCUGAUAACCUCGUUUUCGUGGGUGUUCACGUGUCGGCCGAUAGCGAAAUACUGGGAUCUGAGCAUUACGGGGGGGACGUGCAUUGACUGGGUCCCGGUUGCGCUGUUCAAUGGCGUGAUGAAUGCCACGACAGACACCAUCAUUCUUGCCCUGCCCAUUGUGUUUUUGAGGACGCUCCAGCUGCCGAAGAGGCAGAAGGUGGGUAUUAUGGGCUUGUUGAUGACAGGAGGAUUCAUAAUACGAUUGAUUCUGUCGUUGCGAUUGGUCCACAUGUUGGAUAUAUCCUGGGGAGCCAUACCAUUAGAAUUAUGGUGUAUCUCGGCUGGCAAACCCUUCUUCCGCAAGUACAUGCCUAGGGUUCUUGGAAGCGGUUAUGGCGCCGGUAGCGCUGGGACAAAGCUACAUACCCUUCGUUCGAAGCAUAGACAGCACCAUUAUUCAAAUGAUGAAGGUGAUGAUGGGCAGGACAUGAUGUCGAUGGAGGAUGCAAUGAACUUGCUGACAGUUGUCGUGUAG